GGAACCAAUUUCAUGCCCUUUAACGUCGUUUUCCACCCCGAGAAAAAUUUUAAACGUGGUAAAAAUCCUCAUUCAGUACUAAUUUGCCCUGCUGCCUAUAAUAGUACUACGUACAAGAACACUGCAAGCAUAAAUCAUGUUGCCAGCAGCUUUCUUUCGGCUUAUCAAAUGUAAAAGUGUCUGGGUCUGGAAGAAUGCAACUUGUGAUGCUGCGUUUGGACUCCAAAAAAAUCUGUAUUGCAUGAAUAGCAAAGGGAAUGCAAUUUUUGCUACGCUGAGAAGGUACUUCUAAUGCGGAAUAGGCAUCGCGAAGCCCUCAAAAAAUCUGUGAUGCUAGGGCAUGCAUCACAGACAUCAUGGCUCAUGCAAAACGUGCAUGACAAGUGUCAGAAUUUUCCUGACCCAGAUAUUUUUACAGUUGAUACGGCUUCUUCAUCAGCCACUGCUCUUCACGAGGACAUAUUAGUAGCCCUAGUACCCACGGAAGAGGAAGAGAGCGUUUUUACUUUACUUUACAACGGGUUAAGAAUUUUCAUCUGGACAAAGAAUAUAACCGCGCACCGUACAACGAUAGAAUAUUACUUUUCCCAAAUAGAGUACAACUUCUGAAGCGCCUGCUGCGUUGUACUAAACGCCUAUCAACAACAACAUCAUUCUGCUCCAAUAUACACCCGAUCCUCUGAUCGAUGACGAUGAUGUUGGUACGGAUAACGGCGAUCAGAAGCAAAUUUUCCAGGCAUGGUGUUUUUCUGCUGGUGUUGUAUGUAGUACAGAUGUUGCGCGAAUGAGAACUACCACGUCGAGCCACAGCCCGAAAGAUGCAAAAACGUUUUAUCGCUAGUAUAGC